CCUUCCUUCCUUCAUCGCGCGCUAGGGUUUCUCCGGGGGUUACAGAGGGGCCUUUUCCCUUCCUUCGUCUUCUUCGAAUCCUCCUUUCAGCUCGUGCAUGAUGGCGGCCGCCGCACUGACCCGUCUGAUUCGACGGGGGAACAAGCCGGAGACGAGGUUCCUCCGGCCCCUCGCGACGUGGCCGCCGCCGCCGCAUCACGGGUCGCCCGCGGGUCCCAUCGACACUUCCGACCCGCGAGUUCGUAUUUCGAACUUGCAAUAUGAGAAUGUGAAACGCCUUGCUGCUGAGUUGGGAGACGAGAUCCUGAAACUUCAUCGUGCCGUAGACAUGAAGAUCAAUGCAGCGAAGUCAGACUGCGUAUCCAGAUGCGCCAAGGCAAGACACGACGCCACGGUGUUCGGUAUCGGUACCCUGCUUACUGCCGCCGUUGCAGCGACAGUGCUUAAGGAAGUGGUGGGCUGACCCCUGAGAUUCGAGGUUGGAAGUAGAGAGCACCACUUUCCCUUUGCCUUAGUACGUAUAGUUUAGAGCAGCACACUCCAUAUAUUAUAUAGUCCACAAUAGUAGUCAGGGAUUGCCAAUGCUUGGGCAGAACAAACCAGCGGGAACUAGCAGAAAGUCACAAGUAAAAUCUAACCCCAUUUUCAGCACGUCUUUUGUAUCGCGAUAUCACCUCUUUCGGGUUGGUUAGUGAACAAACAUGCUGCUUUGAGUUGGGAGUACGUAUCCAUAUAAGCCAUGGUAUAAUUUAUUUAUGUGGUGCUUGCAUACA